AUGAGCAUGCCUCUUCUCAGCCGGUUUCAGUGUGGGCGAGUAGCAGCCUUCAGACUUCUGAGGCAAUUGUCAUGCCCAACGGCUGCCCCGGUACGGUCGAUACCAUCAUUCACACCCUCUUUUCCUUCGAUCACGUCGUCGCACUUGGCAACUGGCACGAUUGAGGUUUCGAAGCAGCGAUUUGAAGAGCUGUUGGAAUCAGAGGUUGUCCAUUUUGCUAGGGCGCUGCGGCCCCACCCAAUGACCCUUCAGCAGAUCCUUCACUUGCGAGAUGCAAAGAGCUUACGCGAGUUCUUGCUGGAGGAGCUACCAAUACGGUAUGCGCGCCGAGUCCAGCUCAUUGAGUCCCUUCCUCAUUGGAACGAAUUUCCUCAUAUGCGAGUGAUUCGCUCUCUAUAUUUUGAUGCAUUUCGCAAGCUUCGCGCAGUACCUCCAGACGAGGAGGAACGCUUCAGAAGCAUGCUGCAAGACAUCAAGCGCAGAAACUCAAACAUGUUGUUUCACGUCAUGAGGGGUGUUCGGACGAUGCGUGCGAAAAACGCGCUCACCGAGGAGCAGGUUAAUCGAUUUCUGGACGAGUUUCUCACCGCCCGUAUAGGGACUGACAUCUUGUCCUCGCAGUACCUCGCCAUCACCAGGCCGGAUUCACCUACUUCAGUUGUCAGCCCUGACUGCGACCCUGUCGAUGUGGUGCGAACCGCCGCCGGUGAUGCCGCAACAUUGUGCAGGCAUCACUACGGCUGGAGCCCGCCCAUAGACAUUGUGGACGUUGGUCAGGUACGAUUUCCGUUUAUCAAGCAGUACCUGAACUACAUAAUGUUCGAACUCAUCAAGAACUCCUUGCGGGCGGUGGUUGAGAGGUAUGGCUCGAGAGAAGCUGCGGAAGCAUACCCGAUUCGCGUUGUAGUCUGUGGCGAUGAUGCCACCAUCGUGCUGAGGGUGUCAGAUUGUGGAGGUGGUAUUCCGCUCGAUGACAUGGAUCAGGUGUGGUCUUACCUUUACACAACAGCAAAGCCAGCAUGUGAGGAGGUGUCAUCAUCCAACAAUGCGGACAGCGACGAGGAUGAUGAUUCAGAUGAUGACCGCGGCAUAGCGCCCCUAGCAGGUUUUGGUUGCGGCCUUCCACUGAGCAGGAAUUAUGCGUCUUAUGUGGGAGGGUGGCUCGAGCUACAUUCCAUACCAGAGUAUGGAACAGACACGUACCUCUACCUCAACCGUGCUGGGGACGUACAGGAGGCCAUGACUGACAUAGAUGCUCAUUUGCCAAUUCGCGGUUCAUUUCCGCGGGCAGCCUGA